AUGUUUUUCGGACUCGCGGAGGGUGUGAGCUACCCCACUAUUGCUGCUACUUUGCUUUUUGCCUAUAUUUUGGUAGUAGCAAUUAGGAGAAGGUACUUUUCGUCAAUUAGCGAUAUUCCAGGUCCCUUUGUUGCAUCCUUUUCAGUUUUAUGGGAAAUAUGGAGUAUAAUCGGAGGGCACAUUGAGUUCAAGACCAUCGCUCUACAUGAGAAGCUUGGAUACUUCGUUCGUAUUAGCCACAAUGAAGUCAGUGUCAGCCACCCGGAGGGUGUACGCAAGAUACUACUCAAUCCUAUCCGAAAGGCCGACUGGUACAAGGUUAUGGCCCUUCUAGACCACAGGUUCCAAACGCCAAUGUCAGAGGUGGAUCCUAAAAUGCGUGUCGAGAGAGCCAAGAAUGUUGCGGCAGCUUACUCUCUUUCCCACAUCAUAAAGUUCGAGCCAUAUGUCGAUGGUGCCAUUUCGCUCCUCAGCAAACGUUUGGACGAGCUUGCUUCUGUUAGCAAACCAGUUGAGUUCGAUAAGUGGUUCAACUACAUGGCUUUCGAUGUGAUUGGAGAGGUGACUUUCUCUAACGCUUUCGGAUUCCUUGAGAGUGGAAAGGACCUGGGAGGGAGCAUUGCGAAUUCCAGAGUUCUGACUCUUUACGUCACGCUUGCGGGCUUCUUCUACUCGUUCCAUAAGUACACUCUUGGGAACCCAAUUGUGAACAAGUUGAACCUCAUGCCACAACAACACAUUUUUGACACCACCAAGCGGGCGAUCCAGAUGCGGCAGAAGAAUCCGGAUGUGAGGAACGAUAUGCUAUCGCUGUGGCUGCAACAGCUCAAGGAGUACCCGGACCGGUUCAAGGAGAACGACAUGUAUGGUGUGGUAAAUGCGACGGUUGGGGCCGGUGCGGACACUGCGUGCUUGAAGGAGACUUGGAGAUUGCACACUCCAGUUGCCCUGGGUCUGGCGCGAGUUGUUCCCAAGGAGGGAUUAACUAUUGGUGGGAGAUUCUUUGAACCCGGUACCAAGCUUAGCAUACACCAGUGGGUUAUCCAUAGGAGCAAAGAGUCCUUCGGUGAAGACGCCAACGAAUUCAAUCCUUCAAGAUGGCUUGAGCCGAGAGGACAGGCGAUGGAACAGUAUUACAUACCGUUUGGUGCUGGAUACAACUCAUGCCCUGGCCGUAACCUGGCAAGGCUGGAGGUUUCGAAAGCUGCUUCCACCCUAGUGCGAGACUUCGACAUUCGCCAGGUCGACCCAAAGCAGAGCUGGACUUACGAGUGUCAUUUUACCGCCGUACCGUAUGGAUGGCCUUGCUAUGUCACGCGGAGAGGGGCUUUGUAG